AUGUCUGAGAUGAGGUUUUCAAACCAUGCAUCUUCUAUGGUUUUCAAAUACCUUUCGAUAGACGACGUAGGUGCAAAAGCUACCUACAUCGCUGUAGACGGUGAUUUUUCUGCUCUUAUAAAUCCAGCGAUCCAACAAGGGUCUAUUUUGCUCAUCCAAGUAGUAACUAAGCAGGAAGCCAAGAAGUACUACUGUUGCGAAAAUAAGCUUUGGGACAGGAUGGAACUCAAAGAGAAGAAAUACUUGCCAUUACAAACUAUCAAAACUGUCAAUUUAAGUAAAAACCCACCACGACCCGCUGCACUUAACCCACCCAUUACGUUUAUGCAUAGUAUCCACAUUACGCCAUGGCCGUAUCCCCGCCUCGGCACUAUCCGCACCCUGCAGGCGAAAUCUAAGAAGGGCAAGCUGACUAUUUGA